AUGAAUAUUCACAAUACGGUUGAUCGCAAUGGAGGAAAUGAUUAUUUUGGCUCGGGGACCAAUAGCAAAGAUGAUUCUAAUGGCAGAAAUGGUAAUUACGGCGUGAGAGGCUACAAUAACAAUGAUGGUAAUACCAUGAAUAAUUAUUCAGGCUCGAGAGACGGGGCCAAUUAUCCCAAUGUAAGAAAUAGUACUGUCGUUGUGAAUGACUAUGAUAACAAUGAUCGCAAUGGUAUAAAUGCUUAUAUUGGCUCAAGAGACAGCAGUGACGAUUAUCUUAAUGGCAGAAAUGGUAAUUACGGUGUGGGAGACUACAAUAACAAUAAUAGAAAUGGUAGAAAUGGUCAUUUUGGCUUGAGAGACAGCAGUGACGAUUAUCGUAAUGGCAGAAGUGGUAAUUAUGGCGUGCGAGACUACAAUAUCAAUGAUCGCAAUGACAGAAAUACUUAUUUAGGCUCAAAAGACAACGGUGCAGAUUAUCGCAAUGUAAGAAAUGGUACUGUCGGCGUAAAUGACUAUCAUAACAAUGGGCGCAAUGGUCAUUUUGGCUCGAGAGACAGAAGUGACGAUUAUCUUAAUGGCAAAAAUGGUAAUUUCGGCGUGAGAGACUACAAUAAUAUUGAUCGCAAUGGCAGAAAUAAUUAUUUAGGCUCCAGAGACGACAGUGACGAUUAUCGCAAUGGCAGAAAUGACCGGCGAAUCUAUGAUGAUGCUAAUCGCAAUGACAUAAAUGGUCGAACUCGCUCCAGACACUACAAUAAUGGUGAUGAUGAAUAUGAUCGAAAUAGAAACCAUGGCCGUUUAGAUAAUACAAUCUACGAGAACAGUUAUCAUGAUCGCAAAAAUGGUCGUUCAGGCUUGAUAAACAAUGAUGAUGAUCGCAAUGGUAUGAUUGGUCGUUCCGGCUGGAUAAACUACGAUAACCAUAACGGCAGAUUCGGUGAUUCUGGCCAUAGAAAUUACAAUGGCGUUAACCGCAAUGACACUGGCAGAACCCGUCGUUUCGGUGGGAUUGCUUAUAGAAAUGAUAAUGGCAAUGGCAAAAAUGGUGAUUCUGGUUUGCUAAACUUUAAUUACGAUAAUCGUGUAGGACGGCCAGGUCGCAUUGAUAAUGGUGACAGAUCUCGGAGAAACCUUGCAGCCCUUGAUAAAGAUGAUUCUAAUAGCGACAAUGGUAUUAGCUCCAGUGUAAGAAAUGGUGAGGGCUUAUAUAACGAUAACGACAAUUAUCUUAAUGGCCUACAUUACGAAAUAUAUCCUUAUAGAUUUGGCAAAAGCAAUAAUGGCAUAAAUAGUCGUGCAAAUGACAGAUUUGGCGAUCGACAUGGUGAUAUAUUUGGCAAUAAAUUCCAUGGAAGAUUGAACAAUCUAUUCAAUGGCGGAAUUGGCCACUGGUUUAACGGUGUACGAAGGCGAUCAUUUGAUAGAGAUGAUAAAGAUUGA